AUGCCGCUGGAGCGACUAACUGACACCGGGCGGCACGAUGCGCGAGUAGAUCAGAGCAGCGCCGCGGAGCAGACAAGCGAUGACUCGUGCAUCGGGGACGGUGGCAAGGAGGAAUACGAUGCGCUGGUGGUCGGCGCAGGCAUUGCGGGAUGCGCGCUCGCUUACUCCCUCGGAAAGACGGGGCGGCGAGUGCUGGUACUGGAGAGGGAUCUGGCGGAGCCAGAUCGGAUCGUGGGCGAGUUGCUGCAGCCGGGCGGCUAUCUUAAGCUUGUUGAGCUGGGGAUGCAAGACUGCGUGGACGGCAUUGACGCGCAGCGCGUGGACGGCUACGCGCUCUUCAUGGACGGCGGCGAUUGCAAGGUGUCGUACCCGACGCUCUCCACGGCGCAGCUGCACAUGCUCUUCGCGGGCCACCGCCUCGACUCGGCGGGCAGCGCGGCGGGCGAGGAGAUGUGGAAGGUGGCGGGGCGGGGUUUCCACAACGGCCGGUUCGUGCAGCGCCUGCGCGAGAAGGCGGCGUCGCUGCCCACAGUGACGUUGAGAGAGGCGACGGUGCUGGGCCUGCUGGAGGACGGCGACCGCGUCACGGGCGUGCGCUACCGCGCCGCCAAGCGCGUGCCGGGCAGCGCGCAGGGCGAAGUGCGGGAGGCAAGCGCGGUGGGCGGGAAGGGCGAGACGGAGGAGGGCGAGAUGCUGGCGCCGCUGACGUUCGUGUGCGACGGCUGCUUCUCCAACCUCCGCCGCUCCAUCUCUAAAUCCAAGGUGGACGUGCCGUCGUCGUUCGUGGGGCUGCUGCUGCGCGACUGCCCCUUGCCGCACCCCAACUACGGGCACGUGGUGCUGGCGGACCCGUCGCCCGUGCUCUUCUACCCCGUCAGCACCACGGAGGUGCGCUGCCUCGUCGACAUCCCCGCCGGCACCAAAGUGCCCUCCAUCGCCUCGGGCGACAUGGCGGACUACCUCCUCUCCGCCGUCCUCCCGCAGCUACCGAAGCAGCUGCAGGGGCCGUUCCGAGAGGCGGUGCGGGCGGGCGACAUCCGGUGCAUGCCCAAUCGCAUCAUGCCAGCUGUCCCCGUCACCCGUCCCGGCGCGCUGCUCAUGGGCGACGCGUUCAACAUGCGGCACCCGCUCACAGGUGGCGGCAUGACAGUGGCUCUGUCUGACGUGUCAGUGCUGACUCAGAUCCUUCGCCCGCUCAAGGUCUUCCGCAACACGCGGGCGGUCUGUGAAUACGCCGAGGCCUUCUACACGCGCCGCAAGCCCAUAGCAGCGACCAUCAACACGCUCUCCAUCGCACUCUACAGAGUCUUCUGUGCCUCCAAGGACGAGGCCAUGAUGGCCAUGCGCCAGGCGUGUUUCGACUACCUGCAGCUGGGCGGGGCGUGCUCCGAGGGCCCCAUCUCGCUGCUCUCGGGGCUCAACCCACAGCCACUGAGCCUCGUGCUGCACUUCUUCGCCGUCGCCUUCUUUGCCCUCGCCCGCCUCCUCCUCCCCCUCCCCAAGCCCGGCCGCGUCUGGCUCGGCGCACGCUUGAUACAGGGAGCUGUUCAGCUGAUUGUGCCAAUAAUCAAGGCGGAGGGUGUACGGCGAGUCUUCUUCCCAGCAGUCUGCCCCUCCUACUACAAAUCUGUCGCCGUCACUUCACCGAGCCUGCUUCUUUGCCUCGCCGUACCAGUAGCGAUGGCGGAGGCGGUCGCAGUGGUGCGCGCGAAGAAGAAGGCGGAGGCGAAUGGCGAAAGAGACGGGGCGGUGUUAACGCGGUCGGAGAGUUUGCUGGACGAGAAGUUCGACGCGUAUGAGGCAGCCAACUACCGCAUGUGGGCUCGCUCCAAAUCCGAAGCGUUUUCCAGGCGCAAGGCUUCGGGGUCUCGCAGCAACGAGCAGCACAACUUGGAUUUCCUCGAUAGCUAUGGAUACACGCCACAAAAUGCGGAGCUCAUGACACGUGUCGAAGAAAGCUCGUCGAUCAAUCAGGUCGCAAGGAGAGACAAGGGAGAGCAGGGUUACGGCGGCGACGGGGUCUGCAGGGGGGAUUUCUCGGAAAGCGGAGCGGCCGAGAGGUUGACUGAAGAAGGGAGAGUUGGCGGAGGUGGCUCGAAGACUAAGGGAGCGCGAGACAGCAGCGGCAACAGCAGCAGCGCCAGCAGUGGCAGUCUUGAGAGCGCGGCGGAGGACGAGAGGGGGCUGCGCGGCUUCCUGCGGUAUUGCCGCAAGAAGGUCCGGCAAGCAACCAUGCGCGCCGACGAGAGCUGCGCGGAUGACGCGGAUAGCGCGGAUAGCGAGGAUGGCGCGGAGGGCGGAGAGGGGAAGGCGACCGCGGCGGGGGCAUUAUUGAAGCGCAGCUUGACGGAGGAUACGACGGGGAAGACCAUGGCGCGGGACGCGCUUAACGGCUUGCCGCGGUCGACGAGCGACGUGCUGCAGGACGCGGAGAUGGACGAGAUGGACAGGGAGGUGCUGCAAGAGGCGUUCGUGCGCGUGGUGGCGCUGCAGCAGCGCGUGCAGCACUACCGUGACCUGGGCGGGUUCGUGGUGCUCAUGGCGCUCUUCAUCACCAUCCUCUACCUCCAGGCCGACUCCUCCCGCAGCUACGAAAUCACCGCCGCGCAUGCUGUCCUCUUCCCCCCCGGCAUGAGUCAGGACUCGUCCAACACCUUCUCCGGUCCGGGUGACUUCUACAGCUGGCUCAACACCAGCAUCGUGCAGACUCUGUGGGCGGACCCCACAUGUGGAGACGGCUCGUGCGACCGCCCCUUCCAGUUCCCCGCGUUUGGCCGCUUUGGCUGCCAGGCGGACUGCGGCACGUUUCCAAACCUCACCUCAGUGGUGGUCAGAUUGUCCUCUCAGCUUGACACGCAGCAGGCAGCAGACGAAUCUUCCUGGAACCUCUGCAUGGUCAACCCGGUCUCCCUCUGCUGGUACGAGUCAUUCCAGCCGUUCCCGCGCGGCGAGUCAGAGGUAUCGGUGGCGGUGGACAUUCCGGACGGCGACUGGGUGGUGGUGCUCAACGCGCCCGCGGGGGGCAUCCGCGGCACCGUGCACGCGCCCCCUCCCGGCACACAGCGCUUCUCCGUCGUCGGCGCCGCCUCCACCAUUGAGCUCGCCGCCUGGGGCUACUGCGCACUUGAUGAUGGCGUUGCGGCAGCCAAUCAGACAGAGCCAAGUGGCGGCACUGCUGGUUCUGCGCCUGACAUUUGUCGUGAUACGUGUGCAAGGCUGGUGGGCUGCCUGCCAGCAACCUGUGGGCGAGCAUUCACGGAGAGGGAGGUGGCAGGGGCGUUCGUGGACUGUGCGCGCAUGUGCAUCGUCGCACCCUCCUCCAUCACCACCUACGCCGGCUUUACCUGCCCCAUGGCGGAUAUCGCAUCUCUGUUUGCCAACACCCCCUGCAACGUUUCAGGCUCAGACUCAGCGGUUCAUGAAUCUGGUGGCAACCGUCGCAAGGCACUCUACCGCUUCCACCACUCUCACACCUACGAGCGCUGGCCCGCCUCAGCUGCCCCUGGCCCCCUUGACACCUCCUCCCUGCCCACCGCUGCUGGAGUGCGCUCGCUUGCUGCCCCUGCUGUCGACUCUCCUGCUGCCUCUGCCUCUGCUGCUGCCACAGCACUCGCAGAAGCGUAUCCGCAGGAAGCACAGCGAUAUGAAGUGACACCAGUGUCAACACCACCAUCACCAGCAGCAGCAGCAAUGCCAACAGGUUCAGCAGCAGCAACAGCAGCAGCAGCAGCCAUGGCAGCACAAGGAACAGCAGCCGCAACUGACCCCACAGAGCCCUCCCUCUGGUCGCUCCUGGGCGCCACGGACCGCCAGCGACUGAGAGUCUUGCAGGUGGCGGUGUCACGAGCGCUCUUCACGGUGACCAAGGAUCAGUGCCUGGUGGGCCACGGGCCGGGAGCAAGCAGGAAGCACUCCCAGGGAGGGCCGGGUAGCGUGCGGUGGAACAUGGUGGCGUGCUUUUGCACAAUGCUGGGGGGUCCCUCCAAGACGCUUGAUGAGUGUCGGCUCACGGAUACAGCAGGGCAGCAGGUGGUGACUAUUGCGGGCAUGCAUUCGUACCUGCGCAGCACGCAUGUGAGGGGCGGCCGUGUGAUUUCAGCGCAGCACAUGCGGCGCUUCGUGCAGAUGGUGGGGGCGGCGCUGAGCUCUGUGACGCUCAUUUCAGAUGCGGCGGCUGCGCGCCUCAACGCCCUCAUGCACUCCUUUGACGACGCCAUUGUCACCUCGCAUGCUGUCGGCUGCUCGCAAGGCGGUGCGUGGUUGCCGUGGCGGGCAGGUGUGAAGCACAACACGACCAUCUAUGCAGGCGACAAGGUCACCUGGGUGUGGGAUGACGACCUCCCGCACUCCCUCAAGGUGGCAGCGAUGGGUGAGGCAGACGACCCGCUUUUUCUGGGCUUCGGAGGGCACCGUCUGGUUGUGUCGCGCAAGAUGGCUUGCACCCACAUGAAUGUGGGCCAGGGAGACACCUUUGAAGAACCGCAGCCAUGCGUGCUUAAGAUGGACGACGAGUCCCCCGGCUUCUUCGCGUACAGCAAGGUGUUUGACGAGCCAAUCACGAUUCACUACGAGGAUGGAACUCUCUCUGUCGAUGACUCCUCCUCCUCCUCUUCCACCUCUGCCUCAUCUCUUCUCACUGUGCUGCCUGCACGAGCAGGAGCUGAGGUUGCUGGUGCUGUGAAUGCCACUGACAGCAGCACUCUCUCGGGCACCGCACAUUUCACUAUCGCCAACACCGUCACGCCAUCCACAUCCACAUCCACCUCCACCUCCUCCUCCUCAGAACCCUACAAGUGUUCCCCAGGGUGUCGGCUGCAGCGGCUGGCAAACGGGGUGUGCGAUGCGGCGUGCAACACGCCCGCGUGCGCCUUUGACGGUGGCGACUGCGCGUGUGUCGACCCGCUCUUCGGCCCCGGCAUCUGCGCCUGCCCGCCCGGCCACACCCGCCGCGACGAUGGCUCCUGCUGUCUAUCCACGGCGGUGGGAGCCAAUCUCAACUUCCCCUUCUCACUGCAGCGCUACGGCCCCAACUACACAGAGAGCAACUUCGCCUUUGCUGCUGAGAGGGGCCUUGCUGUCAACCGCUUCGUGUCACACCGCAACCGUCUGCUGAUCGGCAUGGUGCUGCAGCAGGACCGGUGGGGCACACAGCACUGCAACGGAACGGGUCUGCUGCACCUGGAGGGGUGGUGCAGCAAUGGAACGUCGACAGAGCCAUUUGGAGUGAACCCGCACUUCCUGCCCACGUCGGCCAUCUACGACAGCGCUGCCAGCGCCAACAUGAGCCAGCUCGACAACAGCACCUUCGGUGUCAAGCUGCGCUUCAACCCGCAGGGCCUCCCCUACGGCUUCAUCUACCCCAUGGACUCCCUCACAACUCUCCCCUUGGUGUUUGAUAUCAAUCUUGACUAUCACGGGGCCAUGCGUCGUCUGCACUACCUGGUGGAUGGAAGCUAUAUCGACAAUGGCACUCGCACUGUCGAUGUCAGCUUCAUAACUUUCAACGGCGACACACUCACGUUUGUGCUGACCACUGUGAAAUGCAUGGUGAACGCGGGGGGCGCCAUGGCAGUAUCGAUCAAGUCCCAGCCGGCAGCCAUGGCGAUGUACGAUGCAUCGGCGGACAACAUCGCACGGCUGGUGCUGGAGAUGGUGUAUCUGGUGGGGCUGCUCUGGAAUGUUUGUGGCGAGCUGCAGGAGAUGGCCGACCGCGCCGCCAAGGAUGGCUAUGUAUUCAGCUAUUUUGGCUGUUUCUGGAAUUGGGUCGACAUGCUCUCCCUCACACUGCAAGUGGCUGCGGUUGUUAUCUGGGUGGUAUUGUGGCGGUACGUGGACGCAUUUGACAUGCAGCCACGAUACGACAUCUACUACACGCUGCUCGAGAUGCCACGCUACUGGGCCGUGCCCAACCCGCCCACGGGCUUCAUCAGCGCCACUCAAGCCUUUGCUGAUCUGCGCAACAUCAUCAACCUCCGUGCCGUCUACUUCGCCCUCCAGGGCAUCAAUCUUUUCUUCAUGAUGACACGUCUUCUCAAGGUCAUGGACUUCCAGCCUUAUCUCGGGGUCAUCACACGUUCCCUCAGCGUCGCCACGCCCUCGCUGCUGCACUUCUUCCUGCUCUCCUUUGCCGUCUUCUUCUGCUUCAGCAUGUAUGGUUACCUUGUGUUUGGAGGCGCUCUCGAAAUGUUCUCCACGGUGCUUGAGUCCAUGUUCUCGUGCUUCCUGCUACUUCUCAACGACAACUCCUCCGCCUAUUUCUUCCAGCGCCUGGAAUCAUGGGACCUCAUCGCCGCGAUGCUCUUCUUCUUCAUGUUCAUCGUCUUCAUGGUCUUCAUCCUCCUCAACUUCCUCAUCGCCAUCAUCGUUGAUGCCUUCAUGAGCGUCAAGGACAGCAACAUUGUUGCCACCUCUAUAACCUCUGACCUUGCUCACAUCUUCAAGUACAAGUGGAACUGCUGGCGUGGCCGUUACCUGCAUUACUCCUUCAUUCUCGAGCGCCUCGUGCAGCUGGGCGCCAAGGACACCCGAGUUGAGUCGGAUCGUCGGAUGCGGCGCAUGCGUUCGGUACAGCGACGGACGCGAGCCAUGUUCUGCGGCGACUGUGGGAACAACAAACCCGAGUCAUCUAACAGCGACUCUCGGGUGCGGCGGCAGCACGUGCUGACAGUGAGGGAGAAGCGCAUCGACGCCAUCUCGCUCGCCAUGAUCCUGCAGCGCCGCCACGACAGGGAGCGAGGUGGGCCCCAUGAGCAUGAGCUGCUGCCCACGUGUUGGCCAAAGGCAGCCUCGAGUGAAACUGCGGAGGAGGAGCAGCUGGAGCAGCUGGAGCAGCUGUCGCAGGCGGUGGUGCUGCAGUGCGGCGAGGUGGUGAAGCAGUCCGCCCUGCCCGUCAAGAAGCCCGUUCAAAAGCUCAGCCUCGCGCACAUCAAGGUGGGCAAGGAAGGCGGUGCGCUGAGUGUUGCAAAUGAGCGUGAGGGCAUCCCGUCAUCCUCCUUCUCCUUCUCGCGUCAACGCCACCCCCUCCCUUCCACCCCGUGUGUGUUUGAAUGUGAGCAGGAGGAUCUGGCGCGCAGCGAGGCGGCGGUGAAGGAGCUGAGGGGCAUGUUGGCACUCGUGCUCAACCACCUCGCCCGCACGCAUCCUCUGGAAGACGCCGCCCACGCAAUGGGUGCUCCCGCGGAUCCAUCAGCGGGCUCAAGCAUGCGGCGAUGCCAUACAGAGCCCGCGCCUCUCUCUGACCUCCUCACAGACUCCCCGCAGCCACUGGAGCCAGCGGGAAGCAGGAGGGAGGUGCCACGAAGGUUCAGCGAUACCGGGGCAGGUGGGGGGGGAGUGGAGGGACAGGAGAGACAUGGGAACGUACGAGGCAGCUUGAGCAUUGCAGGAGGGAGCGCAAGCAGAAGCUUGUUGGCAUCAAAGCAAGGCUCCGAGAGGCGGGUGUCGUUCAAAGAGUGCACAGCGGCGAAUAGGAAGAGCCCUUUGAGGACAGGUGGGGAGUGGCAGCAGCAGCCUCCUCCUAGUAACCAAUACCGUACUAGCGAUUUUGAUUCUGGCGCUUCUGGACCACCAGCACACGUGGGUCACCGGCAAAAUUCUUCUUAG